AUGCAAGAUUUUUGUGCUAAGAGUUUUUGGAGGAACACUUCUAUUGGUUAUUCUUUCUCUAACUCUAACAGGCUAUCAGGAGGUUUAAUAACUUUAUGGAAGGAGGGAGAGAUGGAGGUGUUAUAUAGUUUCAAUGGUUCUAAUUUUUUUGGGAUUAGAGUUUUAUGGAAGAAGCAUUUUUAUUAUAUUGUGAAUGUCUAUUCGUCGUGCCUUUUGAGUAAGAAGGAGUUAUGGGACAAAUUGGUGGAGUUGAAGGAUGCUCAUAGGGAUGGUGAGUGGAUCAUUGGAGGCGAUUUCAAUGCGAUUAAACAUCGUAGUGAAAGGAAAGGAAUAACUUUGCAUGAUAAUAACGCGGGUAUUAAUCUUUUUGCGGAUUUUAUUUCGAGAAUUGAUUUGGUAGAUAUUCCUUGGAAGGGAAAGAAGUUUUCUUGGUAUAGUGGGGAUGGAAAGUCUAGUAGUCGUAUUGACCGGUUCCUUAUUCCGGACACUAUUAUCAAUAUAUGGCAUGUGAUCGGGAAAAAUAUUGGAGAUAGAGACAUUUCGGACCAUUGUCCAGUGUGGCUAGUGUUGGAUAAUAACAAUUGGGGUCCUAAACCGUUCAAAUUUAAUAACGAAUGGUUUUCGUUCAAUUCUUUUGUUCCUUUUAUGGAGAAGGAGUGGAAGGAGAUAAAGGUGGAAGGAAGAGGCGAUUUUGUGCUAAAAGAAAAACUUAGAUUAUUAAAAGAGAGAUUGAGAUGGUGGAAUCAAAAUGUGUUUGGCAAGAUCAAUGUGGAAGUGGAGGAGAAUGUGAGGGCUAUAAACAAUGGGGAUGAUUUGUUGGAAGUUGAGGAGGAGGAUAACAUUUCCGCUAUUUUGCUAGGUAGGAAAAAGGCUACUAGUAGAUUUUGGUUGAAUUUGAGAAUUAAGGAGAAUAUGCUCGCCCAAAAAUCAAAAGUUAAAUGA